AUGGAUACUUUCUCCGCCUCUGCAGUGGUGUUUUUACUCGGGUCGCGUACGACUGCGCUACCACCCGGCGGCGACGAAUCAACAGACAUUGGAAACAAGGGUUUCCCAACAAGCUAUUUCUUCUUCGAAAAGUAUUCCAGCGCUAUUACGGCCCACAUCGCACCCUUGGUUCUGGGCUGGUGUUUCGUUCUCCCUAUCGUGGUCUUGCCCAGAACUUUGCGCUCACGGGUCGCACUUCCGUCCCAUUUCAUCUUCCUGGUUCUUAACUCUUUGGGCUUGCUGCUCGGAAAUCUACACGACAGCCAGAUCCCGGAUUUGGAUCCCAACAAAAGCGACUUGCACCGAACGCUCGGUUGGAGUGCGAUGUGUGUCGCUAGCGCUUACGCUUGUCUGGCCUUGAUCUUCGCAUACGCUGGCCGUGGCCAGGCUAAUGCACCUCCCUACGAACCGCCCGCUGGCCAGAGUGGGUGUGAAAAGCUGAAAGAACUACCUACAAAGGUUACUGGCACACGUGAAUUGUCACAAAGCACACGUAAUGGUUUUAUCAUAUCCAAACGUGUGCCUGGCAUAGUGUCGAGCUGGGCUCUUUGCAUCUUGAGUGUAGUGUACAAUGUUGUUGAUUAUACCAUCCUUCCAUUUGGGUUCAUCGUUCUUGUGACUGGAACUAUGGCCUACGAUGACAUAAUGAGAAGUCAUGAGUUCUUCAAUUGGCUUGCACAUUUACUCAAAGGCAGCAUUAUCAUUUGCUACGGCCUUUUUACGCUUGGGCGCUUUAUUGGCUGCUGGGCGAACUUUGGUUGGGCGUGGAACAAGAGACCCUCCGCACAUAUCGUUGGGAACAGGAGAUACAGGAUUCCUUCUGUUGAGGCCGUGGAAUCUUUUGUCAUUUUCUUAAAUAGUGUGACUAGUAUCUUCCUGGAAAGCUUAUCCAAGUGGGGUGACGUGUGGUCUGCUGCUGAUCUUCAGCGCGCUUCUGUUUCCAUGCUGUUGUUUGGCGGCGGUCUGGCCGGCAUGCUGCUUGAAUCAACCUAUAUUCGCCGAUGGAUUAACAAUACCAUCCUCCAAACUCUUGCUCAAGGUUCCUUGGAUGAAGCCUGGCAACCUUCGAACUCACAGUGUGGAUCUCUGAACCCAAUACCAGUUCUAGUCAUGUUCCUGUUUGGUCUUAUCACGCGUUCGCGAUACCAGGAUUGCAGAAAUCCGACCUUGUUGCAUUAUAGAUGGGAUACCAUGCUGGUUGGUUUUGCCCUGGCCCGCGGCAUGACUUACCUCCUAUUGUUCAUCAAACCGUCGACUUCAUAUCUCCCGGCGCGCCCGCCGACGGAGAUCAUUGCUGCAUUUUUCUUGAUCUCAGGUGGCACAGCAAUGACUAAAAUUUUGUUUAUCCACGCCAGGGAUGUUCAAGACAUAAGGUCCUACGACAUGUAUGCAAUGUUCACCCUUACUGUCGGUGCCAGUGCAUUCAUCAUUGCCCAUUAG